GUCCUUGGUCACGGGAUCACAACGAUAGUCAUAUGAAAACCGGCAAGAAGGAAGAGCUGGAAGAUUCGAACAAAACGGGAAAGGUCUAUAGAUAAAAUCACCAGGAGCGAUUCCUUACCCCUGGGCACCAUGGCAAAUAUCACCAAGAAAGUGUCGUGGUCCAGCCGGGAUGAUGACCCGGCCCAGGGGGAGGGUACUCCGCUUCUGAACGGAGCCAGUGGCGCGGCCAGAUACACCAGACAGUUCUCCGGAGGCAGUAUAUUUCAUAUAGGGAGGCUGAGUACAGUGGACCUGGAAGAAGACAUAACCACACAGGAGGAUGGCGUCUUGAGCUGGCCUAAAGAGAUUCCGCAUAAUGAGAAACUGCUGUCUCUGAAAUAUGAGAGCCUUGACUAUGACAACAGUGAGAACCAGCUUUUUUUGGAAGAGGAGAGGCGAAUGAGUUAUAUGGGCUUCCGAUGUCUGGAGAUCAAUCGCUGGGUUGUGUGUGGGCUCAUCGGCUUCUUGACAGGCCUCAUUGCCUGUUUCAUUGACAUUGUGGUGGAGAAAUUGGCUGGAUUGAAGUACCAAGGGAUCAAACAGAGCAUUGAGAACUUCACAGAAGCCGGAGGACUCUGCAUCUCCCUGAUCCUCUGGGCGGUGCUGAACUCGGUGUUUGUUAUGGUGGGCGCUGUGAUCGUGGCCUUUUUUGAGCCCGUUGCUGCUGGUAGUGGGAUCCCACAAAUUAAAUGCUACCUGAAUGGAGUGAAAAUGCCCCGUGUGGUACGACUAAAGACCCUAGUGGUGAAAGUAUGCGGUGUGAUUUGCUCUGUGGUUGGUGGCCUGGCUGUCGGAAAGGAAGGACCCAUGAUCCACUCCGGGGCUGUUGUGGCAGCUGGGGUGUCCCAGGGCAGGAGCACCUCGCUGAAAAGAGACUUUAAGAUCUACGAAUACUUCCGCAGAGACACAGAGAAGAGGGACUUUGUGUCUGCAGGGGCAGCCGCUGGUGUGUCUGCAGCCUUUGGGGCUCCAGUAGGUGGCGUCCUUUUCAGCUUGGAGGAAGGAGCUUCGUUCUGGAACCAGAUGUUGACCUGGAGAAUUUUUUUUGCCUCCAUGAUGUCAACGUUUACACUGAAUUUCUUCCUGAGCAUCUACCACAGUAAGCCAGGAGAUCUCUCCAACCCUGGUCUUAUAAACUUUGGCCGUUUUGAAAGUGAUAGUGUGACCUAUAACAUUUAUGAGAUUCCCAUCUUCAUUAUAAUGGGAGCUCUAGGUGGUGUUCUGGGAGCACUGUUUAAUGUUCUAAAUUACUGGCUGUCAAUUUUCAGAAUGAGGUACGUCCACCGACCAUGCCUGCAGGUCAUGGAGGCCAUGCUGGUUGCAGCAGUAACGGCCACUGUCUCCUUUACCAUGAUUUAUUUCUCCAAUGACUGCCAGCCCCUGGGGGAGGACCAAUCAGAGGAGUAUCCCCUGCAGCUGUUUUGUGCUGAUGGGGAAUAUAACUCUAUGGCCACAACUUUCUUUAACACGCCAGAGCGGAGCGUCAGGAGCCUGUUCCAUAACCCGCCAGGUUCCUUUAACCCUCUGACCCUGGGCGUGUUCACGCUGACUUAUUUCUUCCUGGCGUGCUGGACUUACGGGCUGACCGUCUCAGCCGGGGUCUUUAUCCCCUCCCUGCUGAUCGGGGCAGCCUGGGGCCGCCUCUUCGGAAUCCUCCUGGCUACCAUCACCAACAGUGGUUCUAAUUGGGCAGAUCCAGGAAAAUAUGCCCUGAUUGGAGCAGCAGCACAGCUUGGUGGAAUUGUGAGAAUGACUCUGAGCCUGACGGUUAUCAUGGUAGAAGCCACAGGCAAUGUCACAUAUGGUCUCCCCAUCAUGCUUGUGCUGAUGACUGCAAAGAUUGUCGGUGACUACUUUGUAGAGGGGUUGUACGACAUCCACAUCAAACUGCAGAGCGUUCCUUUCCUUCACUGGGAAGCCCCAGCUACGUCUCAUUCUCUGACAGCCAGGGAGGUGAUGAGCUCACCCGUGACAAGUUUCAACAGGAUAGAGAAAGUUGGGAACAUUGUGGACGUUCUCAGCAACACUUCUACCAAUCACAAUGGUUUCCCGGUUGUGAAUGAAUUCAUUGAUAUUAACGAGCCUGGCAAAAUAUGUGGGUUAAUCCUGCGAUCCCAGCUUAUUGUCCUCCUGAAACACAAGGUUUUUGUGGAGAGGGCUCACUCUCGCCUCCACCAGCGGAAGCUUCAGCUGAAGGAUUUCCGGGAUGCCUACCCCCGCUUCCCCCCGAUUCAGUCCAUCCACGUGUCCCAGGAUGAGAGGGAGUGCAUGAUGGACCUGACAGAGUUCAUGAACCCAACACCAUACGCCGUACCGCAGGAGACUUCUCUUCCUCGUGUUUUCAAGCUUUUCCGAGCUCUUGGUUUGAGGCAUCUCGUCGUGGUAGACAAUGAAAACAGGGUUGUUGGACUUGUGACGAGGAAAGAUCUGGCUCGGUAUCACCUGGGCAAACACGGGCUGGAGGAGCUGCAGCUGGCACAGAUGUGAUGAGGUGUUAGUAGCUGGGCUCUCUGUAGGGACUACAAUGGUCAUCCACUGCCUGCCUCAAACAUGCCAGCUAUGCACUGCAAGAACUCAGGUGCUGACAUGGGCUAUGAAAUAAUCAGAUGCCAAAUAUUCACUCCAAAAUCCUCAUUUACCACACAUAACAUUAUUUUGGGUUCAUUCCUUUUAAAGAAAAUUGUUUUUCAGUGUUAUUUUAUAUUGUAGUAGCUUUAUUUCAUUUAUUUUUGCACUGAGAAGGUUUGAGUUUAUGAAAAGGUACCGUGGUGGUUCAGAAGUGUUUGGACCAACCAGCUGUUCUGUAUGCGUGUGCGUGUGUGCAUGCCUUUGCAGUAGGUGGGUAUAUGUGUGUGUGUGUGCUUGUGUGAAUGUAUGAGGAUUUGCCUUGAAGGUGUUAGCAACGGCAAUGACUUGUUUACAAUCUUUUUUUUUUUUUGCUCUUUAUGGUUUUAGAUUUGGAAUUGUUGUGAGAAAAGAGAUGAUGAGGAUGAUCUUUCAUGGUGAAUUCUAAUUCUUUGGAUAUUCUUUAGAAGGCCAAGAGUCCCAAAACUGACCUUGAAAUAAUAUUCAUUUUAGGAUAUAUUAGUGAUUUAUGACUGAUUAUAGUUUGUAAAGAUGAUUUUAUAUUUGUCUAAAUCUGCUGUGUAGCCAGUUUGAAAUAAAUAGUUUGCAAAUAAUGAUUAGCCAUUUAUGAAUAAGGAUUCUGUUGUGCACUGAGAAAUGACCCUUUCACACAUUGUACCAUAUUUUUUUUAUUUGGUAUUUUCCAGACAACAAUCUGCUGUAAGGGUACAAAUUGCCUCUUUUUCUAAUAAUCAUGUAAGUUUGUUAAAAUAAUAUAGUGUUCUUAAUGUGUUAUUUAAAUGUCUUAAUCUGAAUGUUUUGAGGAUUAUACUUCAGUUGUUUUGUUAAGAUAUUGCAGUUGUGAAUUAUAUGCAAUAUUAAUUUAAACAUUUAUACAAUAUAAUGUUCUGCUGGAGAGGAAGGCUUAUCCUUGUUUUUGAAAAAUGAUUGCCAUUUCUUUGAACACAUACUGCUGUAUAGAGUUUGUGAAUACUAUUUGAAAUAUCACUCAAUUCCAAAAUUG